UAUCCAAGUGUGCUUAGCGUUUAAUUAUAAAAGUUUUGUAUAACAUUUUUCAGCUUGUUUGAAUUUAUUUCAGGCAAUCUUUUUAUUUUUUUUUGGGAUUUGCAGCUUGGAACAGGCGGCAACUUGGCGACCAACAGGUAGAAGCAGAAUACAACAAGAGAAUAAAGUGAAAGAAAAUAAAUUGGAACGGAGCCAAGCAUUACAUUUGUGCUGCGUUUUCCGAAGCAAUUUCAAUUGCAAUUCACCAAGAGACAUUUCUGGGAAAUGGAGCACGAUUUAAAGCAACAAGAGGAGCAAGAAUUGCCCAACCUUGACAGACUGACUCUGAAUGAAGCGGAUGCCAAAGAUGACGACAGUCGUAUAUAUAAAAUCAAGAUCUCGAUGCAGCCGGAUGGACGUUCGAUUUCGCUGACAUUGCCGGAGAACACCACAUUGCUGGAGCUGAAAACUGAUAUCUAUUAUAUAACCGACAUACCGGUAAGGCAUCAGGUCUGGUCAGGCUGGCCACUGGACGUGGCCGUUGACAAUGCCACCAAUUUGGCCCAGUCGGGAAUCGGGCGCAGACACAGUUUUGUGGUGCAGAGCAACUUGGCCGCAGACCAACCGCACAACAACUCGCAGUCGAGCAGCGACUUUGAGGCGGAUGACAAAUACGAGUAUAUCGACAGCUCGUCGGAUGAAUCCCAAUCGGACUCUGAGUCUGAUUUAAGAGGCUAUCAAUUAUUUUGCUUCGACUCAAAGCCGGCGCCAACCCAUUUGAUAGCCGACGGAACAAUCUGUGAGGCGACCGGUUCCAAGCAGUUUGUGGAUAAUUACAAGCAACGCUUUGGGGCACCACAUCCGGAGUUUCAUGUGGGCAGCCUUGAAAGCGCAUUGCAACUGGCCAAGGCUUCCAAUCUGGAAAAUGAGGUAAAUACCAUAUACGCCCGUUCAGCAGUUCCGAAACUUAUGUUUUUGUUGUUUUGUUUAUCUGUGCAGCGUAAGCUAUUAGCCAUUUAUUUGCAUCAUGGCGCAAGUAUUCUGACAAACAUAUUUUGCCAUCGCCUGCUGCAGGACGAGAGCAUUUUGGAGCUGUUAAAGCAGAACUUUGUGCUCUAUGGUUGGGAUCUGACCUGCAAAAGCAACGAACAACUCUUUAUACUCGAGCUGGGCAAGCACUGCGACCAGUCGGCUGUCGAUUUGGCUGCCAGCACUAAACUCGAUCAACUGCCAGCCAUUAUGAUAGUCUCCAUGAAUUCUUUUAUUAUUCCCGGCAAUAUUGGUUUGGAUGAACUACAAUUGCGACUGCUGGAGGCUAUUGAGCUUAAGGAUUUUUUAAUAUAAAUAAUAAACUCAAUGUGAAAAGAAACAGGGAUUUUGAAUAAAUAAUUGUAAAGAUAA